GUUGUAUGCUGGACGGUAGUUGGACCUAAAUCAAAAUAAGUAACCAUUUAUGAUUUACAGGUGAGUUCUGAUUUCUGACUGAAUCCCGGUACACCAAGUACAGCCCUCACCCCCCCCCCCAUUUUUUUUCCACCUGACACCCACCCCCCCACACAAAAGAUUUGUUUCCAGACAAUAGAAUUUUGUAGUGUUUAAACUAUAUUUACCAUAUUGUAUUUAAUUGUGUUAUAGUAUAGUCAUAGUCUUAUUUACUUGGACUUGACUUUGACUCAACUGACUCAACUUGAGUCUUGACUUAUACUUAUUAUCACAAUAAGUGAAUAAGUUAUAGUGUAAAAGUGAAGAGAUAGCACCGCGUUUUUUUACCAUGGCGAACUUAUGUCCUAAAUUUAACCGUAAACCUAACCUGAACCCUAAAUCUAUCACUAUCGGAACCAGGGUUUACUGAGGGUUUUGAACCUAUCGGAACCAGGGACAAAACACGCAAUGGCAAAUGAUGUCAGGGUGCUAUCUCUUCUCUUUAGCCAGUUAUUGUAGACCCCUAAAGGGGUAAAGGGGCCGUCCAUAAAAUACGUCACGCUAUUUUUGACAAUUUUUACCCCCGUCCCCCUGUCACAAAUUGUCACAAAUCUCGGACCUUCCCCCUAAAGUAUGUCACACUUUCGAACAAAAUUUUUUAAAAAUUAACACGUAAUUAAAAUUUAAUCUAAAACACACUUCACAAUUAAACUGUAUUAUAAAAUAUAAAAUUUCCACUUAAAAGAACCAUCACAUUAUUAAAAUUACUUUAAUAGUAGAAUAGUUAAUUGUCAAUAAUUGUCACAGUUAUUCAUUGAAGCAGUAACUCAAUCUAGAUUGAAUUUGAAAACAAAUAUUGAAAAAAUUAGACUAGACAAUUAUAUAAUACACAUCAUUUAUCUGUUGCUUUUUCAUUUACAAAAGGUGAGGUCAAGUUUUAGAUAAUUUCCGAUUAUGCAAUCUUUUUACACAGGAUAAGAAGCAAAUUAGCGAAACUUGACCUCACCCAGUGAUUAAAUAAUAAAAAGGAAGCAAAACAAUUUGACUAAAAAAAAGACUAGAUUGACAAAUUAUGUGACAAACUCUUGUGCUAUAUUGAAUCUGCAUAUUAUGGGCCUGUGAAUUAUGUUUAAUUAAAAAAUAUUCACUGGACAUCAUCCAUCCAUGGUGAAGUGAAGUGUCAUCCAUAGUUACAACUGGCAUCAAUCUUUCACCAUCAUCGUUUCCCGGAAGGAUGAUUGCAGACAGAUCAACUUCAUCCUCAUUUAGCCACUCAACAUCCUCAGAAUGUGCUAUUUCUCUUCUGGCAAUAACUGCCAUGAGUUCUCUUUGCCUUCUAGCAGCGAUUUUCAAAGGACUGAUGCGUUUUAUCUGAGUUGAUUCUGGAACAGUUUGGGUUGGCACAUUCUCCCGAGCCCGAGCUCUGUGUUGUCCUGCAUGUUUCUUUGACAUUGUUUGUGAGGCAAAUUAUAAGUGACAUACUUUGCAAAUUCGAUCAAGUAAGCUGGUCAGCAAAGAUGGACAAUAAAGAUCAUAUAGUUGUACUUUGAAAACUCCUGUUGAUCUCGGCAAGGCUAUACAUAAAAAAAAGGCUUCACAACAGCAUACUAGCGCUCCUAGCGAGAGGAAUAGUGAACAACACAUUCAGGAGAUACGCAUUUCAGGCUAUUUUGACAUAAAACUAAUUCAAAUGUUUCACAAAAUUUUUGAAAAUUAUUUUUAAAGCUAUUAAAUUCUACUAAGAAAAUAAAAAAAUAAAUUAGAAAUAAAAUUUAAAAAAAAUAAUUGUGUGACGUCACACAUGGCCUGACCCCCCCUCCCCCCUGUCACAAACUGUCACACUUUCUUACACCCCUCCCCCCCUCUGGAGCGUGACGUACUUUAUGGACGGCCCCCAAGCCUAAGAAUCCCCUCAUCAUAUAUUGACAUAAAAAUAUAAAAAGUAAGCCUGUUUUUCCAGUGAAGACUAAAUUAUUAGUAAUUAAAGUUAAAGACACAUAUAAUAUGAUAUGAUUAAUUUAAUAUGAAUGAUUGUUAUGAUAAUGUUUACGCGUACUACGUACCAUAUGUAAUAAGGAUAAUCAGAAACUCAGUGUAACUAAAUGAAAAGUUUUCAUUGGUGACAAAUUCAAAGCUGCAACAUUUGAAUUCCUUCACUUAAACUUAUGUUGCGAACAACAUUGUCAGUUGUUGUUUGAAAGACCUCUACAGCUCCCUACUUGCUUUGUUCAAGAAAAUUUAAAAAAUUUUUCUGUGUAAAACUUAUUUUUAUCAACACUCAUACUAGAUCCACAAAGUCACAAAGUUUCUAUCAUUAUAUUAAUCCUAUAUUAAUUAUUAUGCUAUUUAAUUAUUUGCACACAAACAAGGAAUAAUUAUGAUUAGGACAAAGGAAGAUAUAAAAAAAUAUAUAUAUAUAAAAAAAUAUAUAUAUCAUGAAUAAUAAUUCUCUAAGGUAUGUAUGUAUGUAUGGCUAUAAUGCUUUGUUCAAUUGACAAGGAAAAUACAUUUUCCAGAAGUUAAAAAAAAUUGGGAUUCUGUUGAAGUUCAUUACCUCAUGUAUGUUUUGUGUUUUGUCAAGUAAUUUUAAUAUAUGGGAAGUUCACGUAUUGCCGCCGCCAUUAUUUGGCAGGUUAUUUCUAGCGUACAUAUCGAAAUAUAUAUAGAUAUAGGUAGAAUAUCUAUAUAAUUAUAAUAUUUAUAUAUUCGCCUGUGUGUUCUCACUUUUUUUGUCUAUUUAUAGAAAUUACCCAUCAGGUAUCUAUAAUUUCAUCGAUGUGCAACUUUUAUAAAAUGAGCCAUUGCCUUCUUUUCUUGACAGCUGUGUCAAAGUUCAAAGUUUUGCUAACCAACAAUGAUUAACUGAAUUGGUAAAUAUAAGAAAAUGGAUGUGGACAAAGAGAAAAGUAAUGGCCUGAUAAACCUAUUUUCCUAUUCAAACCUUGUCCAUGCCGUCUCAGGGGCUGCAGUAAGUAUUCAUUUUAUCAAAUCAUGAAACAUAAAGUUAAAAGAAUAUUUGACAAGAACAAAAAUGUGCAGGUUUUAUUUUUUAAUUCUUCGGAAAAGUCAAAAUAAUUGACUUUUCAUGUUUUUAAACUAUCUAAAGAAUUUAACUUUAACAAAUAUUUUAUUUUUAAUUUUUUUUUGUUGACUUUUAAACAAAUUAACUACCUACAAGCCAAAAACAAAUUACAAUUACAUGCCUUGAAAAUAUAAUUUUCUUUGUCUAUUAUAGGGCAGUGUCAUUGCCAUCUCCUUAUUUUAUCCACUAGAUACAGUUAGGACAAGAUUGCAAGGUCUGUGUCAUAACUAAUAAAUCUAUAAAAUAAUAAUAUAUUAUUUAUUUGUACAAAGCUCUUUCAUCUAAGUUUGAUAUAUUUCUUGAUCCUGUAGUGUUGAAAUGUAGUCUCACAGGGUUGGUGGUUUUUUAUUCAUUUGCAACAAAGUAUAUUCUUAUGAUCACAUCUGGGCAGCCUUUGGUUGUAUACGGCCCACAGACAAGUCCGUAUGAUUUUCGCAAAUCAAAUUUAUUCACUUGUUCAUCUGUCGUAAUCCCAUUAAAUCUGAACACAAGUUCUUUUCCAAGAACGAUGUAAACUUUAAUUCAAGUUAUUUAUGAUCCAUUCCUACAAUAAUUCAAACAUAUAUAUAUAUUUAACGUGCUGCUCUAUCCAUAUUUCAAAUUUUCUUCAUACCCCCUUCCCCCAACUGCCAAGGCCUUGUUGAGACAGACCCCACAAAAUAUCAAAUUAUUAUUUCAUACAUAGCUCAGCAAGAUAGAUGAACACAAUACAACCUUUCUACUCUCACCUCGAACAGCAACUGCCAAACAAAUAAUAAUAAUAAUAAAGUUUAUUUGAAAAUCACGCUUCAUACCCAAAGGCUCGAAGCACGGUACAUAGUCUAGUACAUUAAAAGAGAAAUGAAACAAUCUAAAAUUUACCACAUUUAAAAACAGACGCAACAAUAUAAAAACUACAUAUGAGCAUACCAAGUAAAAGUCUUUAAUCCCAUUUCAACCAUGAGCAACACAACCCAAUAUACAUUAACUGGAAAAAAAUGGUAGACAGCAUCACCCCAGAGGGUGUUUGCGAAAUAGAUGUGAUUUUUAAAUCAGUUUUAAAGGACUCCAGAGUCUGGCUGUUUCUGAGAGCGUCAGGAAGGGCGUUCCAAAUUGUUGGGCAAGCAAAUGCAAAAGUGCGCUUUCCUUAAGUCUCAAGGCGAACACGCGGUAUCAAUAUUUUUCCACCAUCCCAUGAGCGGAGCUGUCAUUUGGGUACAUAAGGCGUCAUAAGUGCUUUGAGAUAGGACGGAGCCAUGUCAUGUAAGCAGCAGUAGCACAAAGUUGUAAUUUUGUACUCUAUGCGAGCGCGGACCGGCAGCCAGUGCAGCUCUCUCAGAGGUGUUUUAGCAUGGUUGAAUUUGCGUUUGUGAAGAACAAUGCAAGCUGCAUUAUUUUGUGCUAUUUGAAUUUUAUCAAGGAUCGUAGCUGGAAGAUCCACCACGAGAGUAUUGCAGUAGUCCAUGCGUGAUAGCAAGAAUGCAAACAUCAGCCUCUUUGAUGCGUUGAACGUUAAGAAAGGUCUGAUAUGACUAAUCCUGCGCAGCUCUAGAAAAAUCACCUUGCAAAGCAUGUUAAUGUGAUUUUCCAUAGUUAGUGUUCUGUCUAAGUAGACACCCAGGUUUCGCACUGUUUGAGCAAACUCAAUCUGUAUACCUGAGAGUGAGGGUUUGUGUGUUAUUUAUAUAUUUUAGCUUUUGAGUGGUAGCAAUGGGGAUCAGCUCGGUCUUUUUAUAGUUCAAUUUAAGCUUGUUUAUAGUCAUCCAGUGCUUAACUGACUCCACUGUCUUCUGUGUCAUACUAAGAAGCUGAGGGAACUGAGAGGGGAUCACAGAUAUCAAAAGUUGGGUAUCAUCCGCAAACAUGUGAUAUAGCAUGUCAAACUGCUUGAUCACUGCACCCACGGGCUGAACGUACAUAGUGAAAAGCACCGGGCCUAAGACCGAGCCCUGGGGUACUCUGAAUUCAAUGAUAGAUUGCUUUGAGGUCAAGCCGUUUGCGAUAACUGAUUGGACCCGAUUUGUUAGAUAGCAUAAAAUCACCAUAUGUGAGAAGCCUCUUGGCCCCCCAAAAUUUUCAUCAAUGACACUACCACUUAAGACACACCGUGCACAAUAAAACCAACAUUUCGGUGCACAACAGUUACAAGUCAGCACCCAUGCCUCCCAGCAUACUUUGUGAGUUGCAACAGUGCAGUCAGUGGAGAUAUGUAAUUACAUUAUAGGCAUGUUAUUUAAAAAUGUAGGAAAUUAUGUAUGUAAAGUUUGUGUCAUGCAUCACCCACUAGACUAAAUAUUAUGGGCUUUUAACAGUUAUUCAACUCCUGGGUCUAUUUUGAAUAAUUUGACAAUAUAAAUAUAUUUAUAAAAUAUAUAAUUGAAGAAUUCUGGGUAAAAAAAUGUAAAUCUAACUCCAGAUAUUUAAACAUUACAAUUAUUUUUUCUCAGUUGAUGACCACAGACAUGCCAAAAACACCUUUCAAGUUUUGAAAGAGAUUUUUAAGGAAGAAGGCCUGUAAGUUUUGCUAAAUAUACUUUGCAUUGUCUUGACCUAAAACAAGGCAGCAACAGGAUCUCUGGGAUAUUUAAUAAAAUUGUUAACCCAAGGAAAUUUAUUAUUUAAUCUUAGACCAAUAUAUGUCAUAUAUCAAAUUAUACAAAUUGGCAUCAGAAAAACAGGCUUUUAGUUAAUUUAUAAGAGCAUGCAUUUUUCUUAUAUGUUAUGUAAAGUUUAAUUACAUUUUUAAAAAAAAAUAUUUUAACGAAACAUGGUUAAUUUAAGAAAUAUUCUGUUGGAAGAAAUUUUAUCGCCUUUUAGCCCUAUUUGAACUAUUGAAGAUGUUUUAGUGAGUACCGAUAACUGAAGUUUCCAUUUUGCUUUACAUGAAUACACUAAUUAGGGUUCUGUCACUGAUUUAGCACACACACAAUUUGUUAAAAAAUAUAAUUUGAACUAGGUGAUGGGAAAUCUCUUACCUUACAAAAUGAACAUAUCCAUUUUACAGUGCUUAAAGCUUGUUUAAAAAAAACGAAAAAAAAAAAUGAGAUUUCAAAAAUCUCAAACAUUAGAGUGUGAAUAGGACAUGGAAGACAAUACCAACAUUAUUUUCAUAAAUUGAUCACUUGUUUAAGGGGAAAAAAUUGAAUGAAAGGAAUUAUUUUAACAUCUCUUCAUUUUUUUCCCUUGAAUAUGCACAUAUGAUUUCAGGGAAGGCAUAUAUCUAGGUUGGUUCCCAGCUGUGACAGCACUGUGGUGCUCCAACUUUGUCUAUUUUUAUACCUAUAAUGGUCUGAAAUCAUCUGUCCUAACUGGCCACAAAAAGGCAUCACCUCUUCUUGAUCUGUCUAUGGCUUUUGUUUCAGGUAUUUUCAGGUCUUUUUAACUUCUUUUUGCUUAAAUAUUUUAAUUUGGGUUGCAAUUGUUUUGACAUGUUUGACCUUAAAUUAACUGUGUUUUACAAUGUUAGGUGGUAUUGGAAUGUUUCAAGAUGAAGGCUAACAUAAUAGGUUUAUCUUAUUUAAAUUAAGCUACCCUGGUACUAUUGUCUUCCAAAAUAUAUUAAGUCCCUCUUCAUGCCUUAAAAGCACCACAUAAGUCCUUUUCUUGAAGGGAAUUAAAAAAAUAUCUGCUAUACCUUUGAAUUGCUUCUACUUCUAUGUCUCCUUAACUUCAAUUCCAUUUUGGGAUUGUUCGCAAAUUACGUCACGCAAAAAAAUGACCUUUUAGACCCCCCUGUCACAAAGUGUCACAAAUUCUUUUACCCCCCCACCCCCCCUUAAGUGUUUCGUCACACCUAAAAAAAUCAAAACAUACAUAAAAUUUUCAUAACUAAACUAAAAUUUUAUUUUAUUCUUUACAAUUUUCCCAUAUUGGAUUAAGAUGUAGUAUUGACUGUGUUGCAAAACAGCAAAGUCAUCCACAAGCCAAAUGUAAAAUGGCCACAACAAUUUUUGCAUCAUUUUUCGAUAUGCGCUGAAGGUCUGCACAACUGAGUUUCAUGGUACCUAUAAUACCUGAGGCAAUUUUGACCUCAAAUUAAUAUUUUUAAAAUUAAUUGAAUAAAGAUUUUUUCAAAAUUAGAAAAUUUUAGAUAAAAAAAAAAAAAAAAAGAGACUCACAAAUUUGUCCCCCCCCCCAUCACAAAGUGUCACAAAUCUCUACCCCCCCUCCCCCAACCCCCUGCUGAGCGUGACAUUAUUUGCGAACAACCCCUUUGGGCAAAUUGAAAUACCUCAAAGGUCUUGUUAAUGCAAGAAGGGAAGAUGUGGUACAACAACUAGUUGUUUUCUUUUUAAAACUGCCUUGCCUUGAGUUAGAUGUAGCUGGGCACAUUGUCCUGAUGCAACAGCAAAUACUGAUUGUGCCAGAGAGUUCUGGUCUUUCUUGUUGUACAUCUUCUCCACAAUUCCCCCGAAAGCAUGUUUCUCUUAAGGAAUAUUUUCCACAAAGCCCGAUGAAGCAGAUAUGCAGACUUCAAACGAAAUUUUAAUUGCACUGAUUUGUCAACCAUCAUAAGGUCACAGUACAAUCACUUGUAACAACUAAAUGUGUGCAGACAGAGCAAUAUGACUAUACACAUUAAUUCACAAGGCUCCGGAGCAGUGACAGCUAAUACAGUCUCAGAAUAUUUCAAUACCACCUUUAAUUAAUCGUUUGCUUUUAAUUCUGCUGCACUUGUUAAAAUGUUAUUUUUUUAUUUGUAAAUCCUUUUUUCUUUUUGCCUUUCAGUAAACAUAAAAAUUAUAUUAUUUGACAUAGACCAAACAUUACUUUCAAUUUAGGCAAUCUCUCUUUAUUUAUAACUCCACAUUUUAUGUUUACUUUGAAUGUAAUAGGUCCUUGUUUUUAUCUAAACAUAUAAUUACCAUUUGUCAAAUGAUAUGGUUUGAGUUUGAGUAAAAAUAAUCUAGUAAUUGGUUUCCUUUGGUUAUCUUUUAAGGAGUGUAGUUCAUUUAGGUAAUAAAAUUUUACAAAUUGAUACUAGAUUACCUUUUGCUAUUGUAUACUGUAUAUUAAAUUUCUAUCAUAAAAUUAAAUGAUUUUAAAAAUACUUUACCCUAUCAGGAAAAUAGUCAAUAUAAAAUUCAGUUACAAAUUAAACUUAUGGAUUCCCAUUAUUUGAAGCUAUAUAAGCUUAUAGUAUUUCAUUCUUAAAAGUCAAGCUUAGGAGUGUAAAACGGAAGAAACAUUGAAAAGUCUCAGUUUGUUUGGGUAACUUCAAGUUAAAAAACAUUUUGUCAAAAUUUCUUAGUUGAUUAAGUGGGCAGGGUGAUGUGAACAAUUUAUCCUUUUCCUUACACAUUAUUUUGUUUUCUAAUCUUUAAUAAUUUCUAUAUCUUUGCACAUUUGCUGACUAAAUGCAGUUUAUAAAAUAGCAUUGGAUGCAUUGAUAGAUAAUUACCUACCACCGGUAUCUUAACAAUUUGGUAAUAAUUUCACUGCACACAAAAAGACAAGAAUUUUCUGCAAAAUUCAAUCAUUUUAAAAUGCUAUCAAUCCAUUUUAUUAUAACUAACUUAUAUGGAGGAUUGGGUUUAGUUAACACCCUAAAUUUUACAUUUAUCUGUUCAUUAUGAAUCUGCUAAAUGAAGAGAUCUAUUUUGGAUGAAUUGAAAGUUAAUUUCUAGUUCAUACUUUCUCAGAUAUCUUCUGCUGUUUUCUUCUCUAAACUUUCAUAAAUCCAAUUAUCACAGGCAAUAUUAUUGGGUUUCUUUUGUUGUUGUUUUUUUUUUUUGCAGGUUUCCUGGAAAUGUUAAAAAAAAAAAUAAAAUUUAUAAAUUUUCCAGUCAUUCUUUUAUCUGACUGAAUAUUCUUCUAAGCAUUAAAUUUGUUUAUUUUUAUCUAAUUUUUUUUGUUUUUGUUUUUUUUUUUUGCAGGUUUCCUGGAAAUGUUAAAAAAAAAAAAUAAAAUUUAUAAAUUUUCCAGGCAUUCUCUGAUCUGACUGAAUAUGCUGCUAAGCAUUAAAUUUGUUUAUCUUGAUCUACAUAUUAGUUAUAAAUCCUCUUUAUCUUACUUAAUGUACUGUUCAAUAAUAAAUUAUUUUUUAUUUGGAUGUUAGUGUUUAAUAAUUACUUCUUUGAAAAAGUAACUGAAUCAUGGGAACAAAACAUUUUUAAAACUUUAUUCGGUUGACAGUAUGAAUACAUUAUUGGUAUUCAGGUAUUUUUUAGAAAAAUCCAUAAAAUAUACUUUUAUUAAAUUAAUUUUAAGCAUACAAUUUUAAUUUUUUUUUAGUCAUUAUGAAUCUUAGUCAUAUUUUGGAUGGUGUGUAAGAAUUAGUUUGACAAUUUGUUGAGUGAUAUCAGGCAUUAUUUUCAGUUCUGGUAAUUUGAAGUUUUGCUUGUUUAGCUAAAUGUCAGCUUUCCAAAAAGCUUUCUAUUGAUAUUUCCAUUCCAUCAGAUUGGGCAUCUAUCGAGGAUUGGAUUCUAUGGCCACCACGAUGUUUUUCUCCAAUUUUGUCUAUUUCUACACAUACGCCAGCUUGCAGUAUUUCCACCAUUCCUUCAUAGGUGACCUGACUCUCUCCAAAAACCAGCCCUCCCCAUCUAUGUUAUUAGACCUUAUCAUAGCCUUUAUCGCAGGUAUUGUUUAUGCUCUUCAUUCACAUAUAUUUUAUUUUAUAGCAGGCGCCAUCAUUACUGUCAUAUAUUACCCAUAUUAUAGGCUUCUUUACUAGUCCAACAUAAGAGAAAGAGCUUUUCCUGCUUAUGCUGUAUGACGUUGCUUCUGUCUUCUUUUAUUUUUUUGUAUUACAAGACAACUACUGUCAAAAAUGGUUCAUAAAGAAUUUUAAAUGAGACCUGACUCCAUGCUCAGAAAGCCCUGUUCCAAAGGUUGUCUUUCUUAGUGUUACAAUGGGAAUAAUGUUACCUGAUUACUCUGUGUAAAGACUUUGCUCUACUACUAUUGGUUAAAAUUAAAUGAAUACCUAUAUUAAAUAUAAUCUAUAAACAGUAGUAAACAGCAUCCACAAAGUGUCAAUGAAGGGAAUUUUAAUCACUAAAAAUAAAAGAAAGAAGAGGUUAUGGAUAGUCUUAAUGAAUUCUCUAAGGGAAUUUCUGUUGUUCAUGUUUUUGACUAACUUUGCUUCGGCUAUCUUCAUUUUUUUUAAGACUAACCCUAAACAACCUAGUUAAGUGGAAAUGGUUUUGGUAAAACCAUUUUGGAACAUUUUCAAUUUUUUUAGUGAAUAUCAAAAUGAGAUGAAAAUAUAUCGAAAAUGAUCUUAUAUGCUCAAAAUGUUAGGCGGAAUUCAGUUCUCAAAUUAAAUUAAAUUUUCAAACCCGAAAUCUAUUAUUGUAUUUAUUUCUCAAAUCUUUUAAAUGAUUUACAAGCCGUCUCACAGUGUAAUUUUUAAUACUGCCAUUAAAUAAGAUGAGAAACUUAUGAAUGUUGCCUGUUGUAAGUUAAAAUAUUAAAUGACAUUAAAACAACUGAACAUGUCUUUGUAGUGUUACUUACAGAACAAAAUUUUUGUGUGCAUACAAAGAAAAUUUUAUUUCCUUUUGAAGACAGCAGUUUUAUGUUUAUUUGUCUUAUUUAUACUGUAUUAUGUUUACUGAAGUAUUGGGGUCCAAAAUGUCGGCCAGGUUUUAAAUUAAUCGUCCCUGACUGUUUUAUAUUUUUGCUUCCUGUAUGGUACAUAUAUCAAAAUAAUGUGGAAACCCGAUCGAAUGUUUGGAAAGUAUCCUUCAAAGUAAAGAAAUGUUUAUAAAGGGCCCGCUUUUUUUAAAAAAAACUGUAACUUCCUAAUAUAAUUUCUUUCCUAUGUAUUUGUUGUUUUUUUCUUCUUCUUUUUAAAUCUCAUUUGACUAUUUAUCAUGAUUAAAUAGUAACUUAUAUGUUUAUUUUUCUGAAUCUUCUUAAACUUAACACAUUUUAUUUUUUCAUUUUAAACAUGAUAUAAAACAGCGGCCUAUUUAAUGCAUAGAGUUUAAAUUUCGUAAAGCAACAAUAGCAAAGAGAUUUUUGUUCUCUUUCCACCAUAUUCUGUUUACCUUCUAAUGAUUCUCUAAUUAUCAUUAUCAUCCUUCUCAAAUUUUUUUACUUCUAUCACUUUUUCAUGUUUCCCAUCUGGGCUGCUAGGAGUUGAUACUAUUUGUAACUAUUAAAAAUGUUUGUGUUAAAGAUUGCAAUCCGUUUUUUUAUCUAUCCAUGUUUGGAUAAAUCCAUGCAUGUUACAUUAUUCCAUGUUUAGAUCUAUCUGUUUUCUGUAGUCUAUUUCUCCACAAGUUCAGCUCUUAAAAUUUAAUUAUCUAUCAAGUCCUGAAGUUAUCUUUGGGACUUACUAAUAAUUUAAAUAUUAUAUAAUAUAAUUUGUGUAUUGCACAUCUCCAGGUGUUGUAAAUGUGUUUGUGACCACUCCACUCUGGGUAGUAAACACUCGCCUCAAGCUCCAAGGAGCCAACUUACACACUGCUGCAUAUAAGAAGAAAGAUCUGCCAGUCAGAGGCUUGAACAGUCAAUACAAAGGAAUUAUUGGUAAGUUACCCACAUAUGGAACAGAAUAAUCGGAACCAAAAGUUUUAAUAAAGGAAGUUCAGUUCUGAAAAACAUGAAUGUGUGUAAAAUUUAUUUUCAUACUUUUGUAACCACCUCAUGUUAUAAUUAAUUAAUAAUCACAUUCCCUUACAUAAAUAUAAGUAAAAUAAUAAAAAACAACACAGCACUUGACCAAAUCCCCUACAUAUUUUAAUGUUAGCUUGUCAAUGACUCUCCAGACUGCAUCCUAAAGAUUAUUCACUUCGAAGGGGUGAGGAAACUCUGGGGAGGCACCGUACCGUCUAUAAUACUUGCAACCAAUCCAGCGAUACAAUUUAUGGUUUAUGAAGCACUCAAACGUUAUUUCAGGAAAUUUCUCAACGUCACUGUAAGUUCACUUAGAAGAUAAUAUAAAUUUUAAAGUUACUCUCAGUGUUUUUUUUAUCUUAGGUCCAAUAUCUACUGUUUACUAUGACCACAUUUCAGCCAUUAUGGAUUUGUUUUUAUUACUGUAACUUACACUUACACUGUAAGUGUAAGAAAUAUUCAUCUGUACCGUAAUACAAGUUACAGAAAAGCUGACCUAAGGAGAUUAUCAAGAUUAUAUUACUUGGAGAUUGCCUGGAGACCUCUGACAAAUUCUAGAUGUUCUUAUACUUAUAUAGCUUGUUUCACAAAUUCUAUCUAAAUCUUACAUCAUUUUUAAGUUUCAUUUUAUAUCUAAGCUAAAAGUAUCACUUGUUUUAUAUUGAAGGAGCUCAGUGGAUUCAUGUAUUUCAUACUUGGAGCCCUUGCUAAAGCUGCUGCCACUGUAAUAACAUAUCCACUGCAAGUUAUCCAGAGCCGACUCAGGGUGAGUGCUGACAUUGUAUUUAAUGAACAUAGCUUUGAAUUCCUUUGUAACUCAGGGUGAGUGCUGACAUUGUAUUUAAUGAACAUAGCUUUGAAUUCCUUUGUAACUUGUCUUUCUUUUAAAUUCAUUAUAUUGACAUAGGUAACUAAGGUAUCAAUAUCCUCACAUCUAAACAAUUUGCCACACCUUUGCCUUCCAUAUAGUUGGCAAAUUAAUAAACCUAUGUCUCAGAAGAAAGUAGCUGGUUAAAAAUUACUUAAUAGCUUACAUAUUUUUGCACAUUUCAAAGACUUUCAAAUCCCCAAUAUUUUGUUAAAAUGGCACUAAUAGUGCAUACAAAUUUUCUGUUUAAUAACAUCAAAUAAAACAUUCAUAACUUAAGAUUGUUAACUGUGCAGAUGUGAAAUAAUUGUGUUCCCCCUUUUUUUUUUUACAGGCUGGGUUUGCAAAAGUUGAGGGUAGUCAAACUUUAAAGGAGAAUAUAAUCCACCUGGUCAAGUAAGUCUUGAAUUUUCUUCUACAAUGUUUCUUUCAUUGUUUAGCAUUUGAUAUAAAAAAAUUUCUGAGAUUAUAGAGUAAGAAAAUUUACAAGUGCAUCUGAAAUCCCCUUUAAAAUGUACUGAUUAUUAGGAAUGUGUAGAGUAAUCUCAGUGCCUCUGCCCCGCCUCAAAAUAAACAUUGGUGUCCUAUACUGGAGACUGUUAUGAUUUUUUUCUAGGCUGUCACAUGGCAGCUUUUGAACCUCAAUUACAUAGAAAUAUGACUGCAUUCAAUUUAAGAGCUGCUUAACUAAACUUUCAUCACCAAUGAUGGUCCCAGAAAUGAAUGUUGGGUCGUUGGCCUUCUAACAAAGCUGCAGACUUGGUGCCAAUAUGUUGGCUUUAAAAAUUAAGUCUAAUUUUGUUAGAAAUUUAGCAAGUAAUGGCAUGAACAAGUUUGUUAUCUUAAUCAGGUUUAAAUAAUUUUUAAACAGAAAUAAAUAAUUGUCACUACUUGACUCCUCAGAACAAGAGGCUUUGGUGCACUGUAUAAAGGAAUGGAGGCCAAGCUACUACAGACAGUGCUCACUGCAGCACUCAUGUUUCUCAUCUAUGAGAAAAUUGCGGCUGUCAUCUUUAAACUCAUGGGGCUGGAAAAAUGACAUUUCAUUAUGUAAUGAUUAUUUUUGGGAUGGAGAUUUUCAUCACUUUAAUAUAACCACCAAAAAAAAUGUAACAGUUAUGUGUCUGAAUUCCUCCUGCUGAUGUUUCAGUUAAUCAGAAGCCAUAUUGUUAAAACUGUUUUAUUACUUUUAUGUACUGUGAUAAUGAAAAGGGAGAGAAUUAAAUCAUAUUUUAUAGAGAACAACUCCAUUUUCCUUAAAUUAAAUGAAACUGACAACUUUAUGAAUACAUUUAUUUACUGAACUAAAUAAUUUUCAAAUGUUCAAAAUGCUUGAUUUAAGUCCUGUGAGUUUUCUUCAAUUCCUUGUAUAAUUUUAAAACAAACAAAAAACCCAUCUGAAACAGCUAAAAAUAUAGUUGAAUUGUAGACUUAUUGGCAGCACACAUUAUGAAGGGUGUUUACUAUAAAUAGUUGUUAAAUAUAUUGCUGAACAUUAAAAAAAAUUUAUUAUCUCAUUUACAUAUAAAAGUUUCAGUAUACUGUCUAUUUUACAAUACAAAAUUGCAUUAACUGCUGAAUAAAAUUUUUAAAAGCAAUAUGUGUGCUGGUACAGGGAUGAUUUAUGUAUAGUUAUUGUUAAGGUUGUUUGUGUUUCCCAUUUCUUUUUUUUUUUUCAAAUUGAUCGAAUCAAAAUA